AUGGCUUCUAACGAUCCUGCAUUAUAUUAUAAUUCGACCAAAAAUGCAUUCACCUUUCUUGGAAAGAAAUAUAUUCGAGCCAUAUUUAAAAAGAAUCCAUACCCCAAUCCAUGUCAGAUUGAUCAAUUUGUAAACCAACUAGGUUGCAGCGAGCAGCAACUAAAAAAAUCUCUACGCAACAUGAGAAAAAAUGAAAAAAAGAAAUCAAAAUCUGCUGAACAACCGGUAUCAUUAUUAGAAAUAGGUUCAUCGGAAGAAGAAGAAUCAUCUGUCAUUUCAUUGCCAAUGUUAUUCUUACGAAAAAUCAAACAACAUGAGGCAGGUCUUAUGUUCGCCGUUAUAGAAAAAUUAAUUAAACUAGAUUAUUUCAUUAAUCCAGCUCGAAUGGGUAAAGAAAUCAGACCAGAAGAAAUUCACUGUUUGACGAGUAAUACAGCUAAAGAUGGAAAGUUUUUUUUCGACUGGUUAAAAUGUUAUUGUACUUAUGCCAAUUUACAAAAUCCACCUACUCGCUAUCCAAGUACUGAGCUUCGGAAAAAAAGCAAAAAUUUUGAAUUUAUCCAACCUAAAUUGCGUAAUUUUCUUUUGGAGAAUAAAAGUAAUGUGUUUGUCAUACAAACGCAUCACAUAGUUCUUCGUAGUAUUACAUCGGAUGAAGAUUUUAAAGCCCUUUCUCAAUAUGGACCUGAAUGUGCAUCACAUUUGUGUGAUACAAAAUAUUGUUUACGAAAAGAACAUCUAACAACGGAAACCAUAAGAGCAAAUCAAUCAAGAAUUAAAUGUCCUGGUUUAAUAAUGAUAUUAAGAGAAAAACAUAUUAUAGAAUAUUAUCCUUGUGUACAUGGACAAAAUAACAGCAAGGCACAUGACGAUCCCUUAAAAUACACAUGUCGAAAAAUCACGUUUCUACAACAACAUGGAGCAGCAACCAAUUAUUAUCAAAGUCUUUUUUGA